CUCGAGGUUGUUUCCGCCAAAGAAGAAGCUACAGUCGUUGUCGCUCCUCACCCUGGCAAACGAACUGUACCAUCAGAUCGAACUGGCUCAUCCUCGUCAUCGCUUGCCUGCUCGAAUUCGACCAACUCGACUGCGGGAGAAAAUGAGUUGCCCAAUCGGGCAACUGCUUCUAGUCCCGAAAUCAUACCAGACAGCGUUUCCGGUCACAAUGCUGAAACACUUAUUGUCGAAGGCACCCCUGCAGCCGAUCGGCCGGGAAAUGGUAGAGGCUGUAAGGAGCUGCAGGCCAACCACAGGCAGCAGGAAGUGUCGGUAGAAACCUCUUCUUCUGGCAAACACUCAGCCACUCCUGCCACCGUCCCUCAUGCCUCCACGUCUUGGUCUGCUUCUGCUCCCGUUUCUGCCACUGCCUCCAUUUUCAGUCCUGCCUCAUACUCUGUCCCUCUUCCAACAGUUACUCCCUCUCCUCACUUUGCCCAUCUUCCUCGUUCCACACAUUUGCCCCUUCCUCCUCCUCCCCAUUCUGUUGGCCCUACACAUGGUCAACAGGAUGAUACCAAUUCCACUUCUAACACUCCACACAACCAUGUGGACUACGUUACCGAGGAAGAGGGAGAAGAGGCAGUGCUUCGUCUGCCGAUAGAAAAACUCUGGGAUCACAUCUUCCACCAGAAGGUCGUCCCCUCUAUUGUGGAUGAGCUCGAAAGUCAACAAGCACCACCUCCUCAGCCCCCUUCCCUCCCCGUGUCUGGACGUUCGGAGAGGAUGGGCAAGCCAUGGCGAACAGGUUCGUCCGGCAAGGAUCGUCUGCCUCUGCGGCAGGACCAACCGUCGGUCUGGCAAAGCCAAUUCCAGGAGCUCUCAUCGCCGGCACCAUCAACGUUCGUCUCCCUUGCGGCUGUCGUCAGCACCGUCGAAUUGGCUUUGGCCAAUCACAGCGCCAAACGUGAUGGAGUCGAGGGAGGAGGCAAAAAUGUCACCGUGCCCAGAGAAUUUUCUGACGGGUAUGGCUCCUUCGGCCAUGGCCGAUACUUCCGACUUGUCGACUUCUUCUCAGAGCCCUCCAUUCUUUGGGUCGUUUUUGCUCUCGCCUGCCUGGUCUCCGCCAUAGUGUUCGCCUCGAUAACCAUCUUCCUGCUGGUACGGCACAUGGCUUCCAUCCGCCAGGCCGGUCGGACUUCCGGAGGCGCGGAUAAUAGCAGUCUAGUAGGGUCUGAAGAGGCUAGGGCCUCACUGUGA